GCAAUAGAAAAAGUUGCAACAAGUUCGAAAUAUGUUCGAAAUUAAGCAAUAAUCCUCCCAAAACAGAGUUGAAAUGUUGGGAAUGGCCUAAACGCGCUUGGGAACGUCUGCACAUUGAUUUUUUAGGGCUUAUAAAAGGUAAACAAUAUUUGGUUAUCGUGGAUGGAUACACCAAAUGGAUAGAAGUUGCUCAGACGAAAUCGACCGAUACGCAGUCAGUAAUAAGAGUAUUAAGAGAAAUAAUAGCGCGAUUUGGAUUGCCCGAUUACAUUAUAUCAGAUAAUGCCACAUGUUUUUCAGCGGAAGAGUUUAAAACAUUUAUGAAAAAGAAUGGUAUUAAACACGUGACGUCUGCUCCCUAUCAUCCGCAAUCCAAUGGAGCCGCUGAAAAUGCGGUAAAAAUUAUCAAAACGGCGUUAAAAAAGGCUCACGAAGAAUCAGUGGAUAAGCAGCUGGGAUUAUGUCGUUAUUUAUUUGACUAUCGUAACACAGCCCACUGCACAACUGGUGUAUCGCCGGCUGAAUUAAUGUUUGGAAGAAAACUAAAAACUAGGUUUGAUAUAAUUUUACCGGGUAGGAAAUAUAAAAGUAACAAAACGGUUCGAAAAAUAGUAAAGACUAAACAAGGUAAACAAAAAGAAUAUUUUAGAGGUUAUAAAUUGCGAAAAUUUUAUAAGGGGGAGGAUGUUAUGGUUAAGGAUUAUAGAGUUAAGUCAAAAUGUAAUUGGAUACGAGGAAAAAUUAAAGAGUUAUUAGGCAAUGUAAUGUAUUUAGUUGAAAUACCAGAGAUUGGAGUGUGGAGAAGGCACGCUAAUCAAAUAAAAAAAACCUGGCAAGGUAAUAUAAAAAAAAAUGAUAAUUAUCUUAAUACCGCGGAGAAAACGACAAAAACAUUUGAAAGUCGAACAAAGCGUAGAUCUGAUUUUAUGUUAAGGCCGAGAACUAAUUUAAGAUCUCCUGAUAGAUUAAAAUAUGAUGUAUAA